UCUAAAAAUCUGGAAUUUACAGUACCUUUAUGAAAACAAAAUAGUAAUACUAUCUGGAAUCUUGCCUCGCCAGUCACAGAAGCUUCACUGUAGUGUGUCAACAUUUAUAUCUCUGUCUGAUCCUGUUCAGCUGUUAUCGCUUUCCUGACCGCGUAGUCAAACUUUACAGGCCGCCGAAAUGAGCGAGAGGGAUGUUGUUGCAACUUGGGACAUAGCUCUGUCCGACGGGAAGCAUAGAAUUCAGUUUGAACAUGGCACUACUACCGGCAAGCGAGUGAUUUUGGUCGACAAUGUGGAAGUUAUACGGAAUAAUUGGAUGUUUAGACUUGUGGGCAAAGAGAGUUUCUAUGUCGGAGGAAAAAGAGCAACUAUCCAUAUAGAGGCAGUGAGUGGCUUUCAAUACGAAUACACUCUUGAAAUUGACGGCAAACCACUUAAGAAGUUCGUGGAAAAUCGCAAGAAAACUGCUAAAGUCUGGACAUUUCUUCUCGACGGCGUGGAAACACGAAUGGUGCUGGAGAAAGAUACCAUGGAAGUGUGGGUGAAUGGAGUGGUGGUGGAGACAGCUGGUGAAUUUGUUGAUGAUGGAACAGAAACUCAUUUUACCUGGGCCAAUCACACAUGUUAUAUCAAAGCCAUUAGCUCUGGAAAGAAAAAAGAUGGAAUUAUUCACUCCCUGAUAAUAGAUAGUAAUGAAAUUCCGGAGACAAUGGAUGAAUGACAUCACCGCUCAUAAGCAAAUGUAACUGCAAUGACAGCCACAUUCCUCUGCACAUUUCACAUCUAAACAUUUGCUCUAGUUAAUUUCAACAAUAUAACCCUGUCUUCAUGGUAGUGUUGCUGAACACCUCUUUGAAGGGUACACUGUUUGAAACAAUACUGUUACCGAAAAUAAAUUUUACAGCAAUUGUGAUUAUUUGUUAGUAAUGCAGUAAACUGAAUCCUUCACUAAACUAUAAUUCUAUGAAGCUGAUACCCAAGUAGGUGUUUGUAUGUUGGAAAUAAUGAGGGUAAAAGGGCAUGUCAAAUCACAGCUGUGAGUCCUAUGGGUCUGUAACAGGGACCCUUUGAUUAUUGUUUGUUCUUUUCUCAGAAUUGUUUUAACAACCUUUUGCCCUCAUGUUGGCCAACUUAAGCUUUGAUUAUUUUGCUUGGCUUCUCAUUUCCUGAUGAUUGGUAGAAUAGAGGGAAGAUUCCCUUCUACAUACUUUGUAGUCUGUGGUUUACCAUAACAUACUAAAAUUUCCUGAGGAGAUCAAAUUAUCAGUCAUGCCAAUUAUGCAUACAGUGUACAUGUGUAUUUAACACUAAACUUUGUGACUGAAAUAAGUUGGUGCUUCUGUUCAUGUGAUGUUUUUGUGCAAUGAUAUUACUUCUUGCUGCAAAUGGAAUGGAAGUGGUGCAACAAAAAAAAAAUCAGGGGCUGCUUGAUUUCCUUCAUGCUCUCAAAUAGUGACUUAUCCAUAAUCCAAAUAUGGAAGCCACUUUCAUAGACACUGAUAGGUGCAAAGAAAUUUCUUAAUAUUGUUCCUGUAGAUGUCAGCAGGUUUGGGGUAUUGAACUGAUUGGAGUAUGGUCACCCAUUAAAGUAUUACACAGUGAAAAUGAGAUAAUUGCUGAUACCAGUAUAGUUCUGGCUAAAGAUUUUGUUGACCUGACAAAGCUGGAACUGUAUGCAGUACUCAUGGGUAUGUGGCUUUGUGGUUCUCUGGCAUUUCCUACUCCCAAACAUGCUUGGUUUAUAACACAACUAACAUUAAAGAUAUAGUUCAGUUUUUCCUUGUUUA